CGUCUGCUCGACCUGACGUGGAAGCUGUUGCUGUCUGCGAGCAGCCUCGCCGACUUGUGGGUGCAAUAUGUACCCCUCCCACCUCCAAGAAACGAUGGAUUUGGUUGCUGUUUGAGCUGACAUGCUGGCUGACAGUACUACGGCUCAUUGACCGGAAAAGCUCUCAGUAGCGCAACGGUGGGCGUGCUAUGGCGCUAAAUUUGUUUAACUUUUUAGUUCGUCUCGAAACUGUUUCGUAGUCAUACGUGUCGCAAUGGUUUGUUUAGUGGCUUGAAGCUUAAUAUGGUGAGGGUGUUCAUCAGAAUUGUGUGGUUACACACGAUAAUGUGUUCCUUUUAAGUGCAAUGGAAUGGAGAAACAUUAUUAUGCAAGUUGGCGGCACAUAACGGUGCGGGAACACAGUGGUAAAUUCAAACUAUGGCUGCAGAUGGCAGAACGAAAGUGAAAAUCAUGAAUCAUGUGUUUAUCGGGAGGUAAUUUGUUUUUUAAUUAUUUUGAGUGAAUUGUUCAACUUUUAUGCAAGAGCAAUGUGAUUGGCAUGAAUUGCCUCGAUCGCGUAGUACACAAAUUAAACGCUGAGAGUUCGAUGUGAAAUCCGUCUGCAGUAUACAUAUAUAUGUAUGUACGUAAGUGGCGCCACAGUUCGUUCUGAAUGACGACGUUCGUUUCGAACAUUGACGUGUGCUUGGUGUGGUUUCUUGGGACACUGGCUUCGAGAACUUUGCACGUUCAUUGAUAGUUUGGACAUAAUUACUACUGUGCAGGCUGCUGUAAGACAACGUUCGAACGGUACGUUUAAUGAAGGCAAGCUGAAUGCUGAUUAUUGGUCAUCUGCAGAAAUGGCUCUUGAACGGUGCCUGGUUGAGUUCUUUGCUCUUCAAGCAAAGAGGGCUGGUGGAACCCUCACUGUAUCACAAAAUGACACAAUCAAGAAAUACGAUAAGUGUGCACCAAUCACACUGAUCAACUACAUGAAUUCCAAUUACAAUGGUUCACUGGUACGUUUCUUAAGGGGCCACACAGACUUCUUUGUCUUCACCAGCUACAACAAGGUGUGUCUGCAACCUCACUUUGAUGCAGUGAGCAUUCUGGCUAAUCCAAACAACCUGGAUAUUGUGCAGUUCUUUCUGGACCUUCUCCAGAAGAUAGGGGCAACACGAGAGCAGCCAUGUUCAGUGCACAUUCUGUCUAAGUAUAUACAAUAUAUGGACCAUGAUGCAAGACUCUUCCUUCAUAAGAUGUAUGCCAACAGCCUCAACAUAUUUUUUACUCUCAAUGUUACCCACUUUCAUGUGACAUCACCAGACCGUGGCUUCGUCUUCUUGAGGCGGCCCGUUGCUGCUUCAAAUUGCAUUGCUGCGCACCUGAGGAAAUGCUUGCACAAAAGCAACGCUUUCAGCUGUUCAAGUGGACUCAACAUGGAGCAGCUUCAGCACGAGGGAACGACGACUUGGCUUCCUGACCUCAAGCAGUACUUUAGUGAUCGAGCAAGGACAAAGCUGAAUGAUGUGUUGAACUCUUACCCAAAUAUAUUCAAAUGGCAGCCUCGUGAAAAAGUGUGGCUUCGCAAGAAAUAUGAGAAGUGGAAUGACACAUGGAGUAGUGCCGAGGAACUCUUACUUGCUGUUCACUUCAUGGAACUGUUGAAGGACAUAGGUGCCGUGUCAUCAAACCCAAUAUGCUUUAACUACAUCCUCUGCAGCACAAAGUCUGUGCCUCAGGAGUGCUCAGCCUAUCUGAAGCGAGUUUUUCCUGGCAUUGACCUCAUUGAUUUGUUUCAUUUGCACCCAGACAAGUUCGACCUCUCUACAGUCAACUGCGUUUCACUGAAGUGUGGCAGGGAAGAGGUUGAAACGAAAAGGUGCCCAGAACUCCUGUCAGCCUACUAUGCUGCCAAGCUGCUAAAGUAUGCCCCAAACUUGACACCUGAUCUCUUGAGUAUCUGUGCAGAGCAGGCCCCUAAGGCUGUGAGGACCUAUUGUGGCUCUACUGUACGACACAGGCUUCACACCGUUCUUGAUUCAGGACAGGAAUUGCUUGCCAAUGGUGCCAUAGAUUGUACACAACCUAUUGACAUGAUCAAGUCUGUCUGCGGAACACCUGUUUUUGGAGCAAACAAAAACAAAGGAUCAGGAAAAUCCAAAUAUUCAGCUUCAAAAUCCGCUGUUUCUGUGCCAGAAGAAGCCUCCACAAGUUCUUCUAGGAAAGAAAAGCAGGCACCUGUCUUGGCAAGUGCUAUUCAACCAGAACGUAAUAUGCCAAAUCUUCGAGCCCCCAUAGCAGACGUGCCAGUUCCUGCCGCAGGCAGCUUGACACCAUCAGAGUCGCUGAAACCACACUACAGAUGGCCUAAACCAGGGAGCCAAAGUGAACCGAAGGAAUGUAUGGCUUCGUCUGGUACUCUAGUGAGGUCCCACUCGCUUGUUUUAAUACCAGCAUCACACAGCAUGGAGCUGCUGUCUCAAGAGACAUCUGGAGAAAACUGUGUUCCCGAGUUGGGGAAGAAUGACAGCAGAAAGUCUGCGACUAUGAAAAGAUCCAGCUCUCUUGUGUGUUUGGCACUGAACAACUCUGCUGAUUCAGCAACAAAGUUGCUAGGCGACAAUGCAGAAGCUCAGAAAAACUCCUCCUGUGUACAGCUUUGUGGCAAUGCAGCAGAGAUUUCGGCACUGUCGACUUCACUUGAAAGCACCAGUAGUUUAGCAGAGUGCAAGAAACAGUCCCAAGAACAGACAAGCACAGUUGACGAGAAUGUUGAGGAAGCAAAUGAUGCAGACGUGAUUGAUGAUGACCCCGAUUCCUCACCUGACUAUGUGUACAGUAAGAUGGAGUCCGUGCUGUCAGAAUUCAUUAAGAAACGGCUUGAAGCUAGUCCUACUCACUCAGAGAAUUUUACAAGCUUGCAUGAAGCUGUGACCAAACAUUUUGGACCUAUGUGUAAUUACGAGAUUCAUCUAGCGGUGCUUUUUUGUGUGGGAACACUCAGUUUUGAUGGACAAAACGUACACUAUCACCCUGAUUAGCUAGUAUUAAAGUUGCUGCAAUGGCAAAUUACUCAGUAGCAGCAGUAUUGCUUACUUGAAUAUUAUUUCUGUUGUACCAUGAGCUGCUUUUAAAAAUUACUUGUUGCAAAUUUCACUGCAAAUUUAUUUUGGAAAAGCCAAAGCAAGUUGCUUAUGUCAUUUAUGUUGUAUGAAAUUAAAAUAUUUAUUAUAU